CUGUAAAAGACCUUCAGACCGAGCGAGCUUACACCAGGAAACACAGAUUUGCAUUUUAUUCAUGGUAGAGAAAGCUAGAAACAGAAGAAUCACUUCAUCUUUUCUCAUGCUGUGGACAAACAGCUUUUAAAGGAACUGGAACGGAAAAUCAACACUGUGAAAACUUCCCAUCAUUGACAGGCAAGGACAAAUUCAAGCAAAAGACCGCUGGAUGAACAGGUUUUAUGACUGACGAUGACAGAGGACACCUACCACGAUCUGUGAAUGUUACGGACUCCCCAGCUGGAUCUAAACAUGAACAACAUGAGUACCCUAGGUACCAAUCACACUUUCAUGAAAUGCAACAAGAACGAUGAUUUCAAGUACCCGCUGUACAGCACCGUUUUCAGCCUGGUGUUCGUCUUUGGAUUCCUCUUCAACCUGGUGGCCGUCUACAUUUUCGGGUGCACGUUGAAGGUGAGGAACGAGACCACCACGUACAUGGUCAACCUGGUGGUUUCGGACUCUCUCUUCGUCCUCAGCCUGCCUUUUCGCAUCGUCUACUUCAUCAAACAAGAAUGGAUGUUCGGGAGCGAGCUGUGCAAGAUUUCCGUGGCGCUUUUCUACACCAACAUGUACGGCAGCAUCUUCUUCCUCACCUGUAUUAGCGUGGACCGUUUUCUGGCCAUCGUGCAUCCCUUUCGCUCUCAAAAAAUCCGGACUAAGCGCAACGCCAAACUGGCCUGCGUGACCGUUUGGGUGUUAGUCCUUUCUGGAAGUAUUCCCACGGGGUUCCUUCUGGAUACUACUUCACCCAAAAACGUUAACGCCUCUUCCAACUACUGCUUCGAAAACUAUUCCAGCAACCAGUGGAAGUCCGAGCUGUCCAAGGUGGUGAUGUUUAUCGAGACGGUGGGAUUCGUGAUCCCGCUGAUGGUCAACGUUUUCUGCUCCGUGAUGGUUCUCCGGAGGUUGAAGAAACCCCACGUCAUCAGCCGCGGCGGCAGCAUCAAUAAGAAAAAGGUCUUAAGGAUGAUCAUAGUGCAUCUGCUCAUCUUCUGCUUCUGCUUCAUCCCCUACAACGUGAACCUCAUGUUCUACUCUCUGGUCCGGACUAAAGCUCUCAAAGGAUGUUACGCGGAACACAUAGUGAGAACCAUCUACCCCAUUUCUCUGUGCAUCGCCGUGACCAACUGCUGCUUCGACCCCGUGGUUUAUUACUUCACUUCGGAAACUAUUCAAAGCUCCAUCAAACGCAAGUCCACCGUUUGGCACAACGGCGUCAGGCUCCUGGACAGAUUACAAGGGGACAGUGCACAAAGCAGCCCUAAUCUUACGCCUAAAAGUCUGACUUUGAAGUCUCAGAGAAGUCAGUUCAAGGAUACUAAAAAUUCAAGCUCCACUAUGUGAUUCCAAAAGGCAUCUAGCAAAGACAGUCGAUGAAAAAUACCAGCAGACAUUAAGGAGAGUUGUAUUCUUUUCAUGGUGACGAUACGAACAGAACUAUCGCUAACUUGUGACGAACUGUAAAAUGGACUGCAAUUGUACAAUAAUAAGCAUUUUUUUAUACACAUGAAAUACAGCUUGCCUUAUUUUUCCAUUGAAAGCAGUAUGAUAGCUGUGUUAAUGUACUUGCGACCCCGCAAAAGGCUUUCAAGCACUUUAUUGAGUAGAGAAGUGACAAUACAGUGGUAUGAAAAAGAGUCUGAACCUUUUGGAAUUUCUCACAUUUCUGCAGAAAAUCCCCAUCAAAUGUGAUCUGAUCUUUGUCAAAAUCACACAGAUGAAAAAACUGUCUGCUUUAAGUAAAACCACACAAAUAUAAGUAUUUUAAUGAGAAUAGCAUGCCAACAAUGACAGAAGGGGGGAAAGAUAAGUAAGUGAACCCUCUGUCUAAGGCAGUACUUCUCAAAUAGUGGGGCGGGCCCCCCCCAGGGGGGCGGAGAGCGAUGCUGGGGGUGGCGCAUGUGACCUUGGGGAACAUACUUUUUUGCCGUACUAGAAUAAGGUUUAUAAGACGCAUGGUGGAGGGAGCAUCAUGAUUUGGGAAUGUUUUGCGACCUCAGGGCCUGGACAACUUGCAAUUAUUAAUGGAAGAAUUAAUUCAAAAGUUUAUCAGGAUCUUUUGCAGGAAAACCUGAGGCUGUCUGUCAGACAGUUGAAGCCUAAAAGAGGAUGUAGGCUGCAACAAGAAAAUGAUCCAAA